CACGACACGCGACGCGACAUUCCUCGGAGCGCCGAGGGGCCUCAUCACACCGUUUUGAUGCAAGCAACCUGUCCGGCACCUCGCGCACCAUGGUGGACUGGCUGGACGACAGCGACCGGACGACAGAGCGGAGCGCUCUCACCGGCCGCCACAAGAAGUUCACGCCGCUCGUCAGUAUCGCGCCGUUCUCGUCGGGACCGCGGUCCAGCGGCGGCGUGAAGGUGAACCUGGUGGCGCCCAUGAAGAACGGGGAGAUCAUUACGGAGAGCCGCAACAAGUUCGAGAUGGUCGAAAAGCGAUCCGCCGCCGAUCCGAUGACGAAGAAGAUAGCAGAGAAGAUAACUCGUCUCGACGAUCUGAUCGAUGAGAAGCCCAAGAAGUUGGAGGAAAGGACAACCACCAGCGUUGAGAUCACUAGCGCCGACUCUGAGCGGAGCCCUAUCGUGUAAAAAAAUUACCUUCUUAUAUGCUUAUCAAUAGCCUUCCGGAUAAAUGAUGCUGUCAAAAAAGUAAACUCAAAUUAAUCAAAUUCAGCAUUUAAGUUGAAUUUAUCUAGUUCUUUGUGUUGCGUGAGUGGCAUACUAUAUUUGUUUAUUUAUAUUUCGAACAGCUAUCUGAGUAGCCGAUUUGGUAAUAGAUAGACGUGAACAAAUUGAAUGAUAAAUGAGACGCAUGAUCGAACCUAGAGC